AGUCCCACAGUCACAUACUCACAGUAUCCCAGGAUGACUUGCGGUGGCGGCGGAAGUUAGUGUUGGCCGAGGCCUGAGAUACAGUGAGAUCAUCAUCAUCAUCAUCAUCUGUGCUGAUGGGGAGCUGAGGAGGUGGAGGUGAGCAGCGGGUGAUGAUGGUGCUGGCAUAAGUGGCAGGUGCUCUCCUCUGCCCUGGACUGGAGCUGCUUAUUCUCAGUGUUCGGUAUGCAAGGGACAAGCACGCAGGUGUAUGCAUUUGGUGUUCCAGUGGUACGCUGCCCCCUACAGGACUCCAUCAUGUACACACUUCUGUCUGGGCUAUAUAAGUACAUGUUCCAAAAGGAUGAGUAUUGCAUCCUGAUACUGGGGCUUGACAAUGCUGGGAAGACUACAUUUUUGGAACAGACCAAAAUCCGAUUUUGCCGUAACUACAAAGGGAUGAAUCUCUCCAAGAUCACAACUACCGUUGGCCUGAACAUUGGUACCAUUGAUGUGGGGAAAUCCCGAUUAAUGUUCUGGGAUCUUGGUGGACAGGAAGAGCUGCAGGCUCUCUGGGACAAGUAUUAUGCAGAGUCCCACGGAGUGAUAUAUGUCAUUGAUUCCACGGAUGAGGCCCGUCUAUCAGAGUCAAAGCGAGCUUUUGAGCGAAUGAUCAGCAGUGAAGCCUUGGAAGGUGUACCCAUCCUGGUUCUGGCAAACAAACAAGAUGUGGAGGGUUGUCUGUCAAUUCCAGACAUCAAGACUGCAUUUAGUGACUGUAUCAAUAAGAUUGGCAAGAGGGACUGUCUGACCCAGGCCUGCUCUGCUCUCUCAGGGAGGGGACUGAACGAAGGUGUUGAGUGGAUGGUGAAAUGCGUGGUGAGAAAUAUUCAUCGGCCUCCCAGACAGAAGGAUAUAACAUAGACCUGUUUUUACGCCACCAGAGACUGGAUAAUAUUUUAAUGUGGAGCUAUUUCCACACACUCAAUAGACUGGAAUUUAUAUACUCCUAAUGCAGAGGGACUCAUAUAGCAAUCUAUUUAUUGCUUACUACAACCUCCUGUAUAUUGUGGGUAAAUAAACCAACAUGAUGACAGUUACUGUAACUUGUCACCUCUAAUCUUCAUGGAUGUACAGUAGGUAAUGUCUGCUACACAAUUACCCUCCUGUACUACUGCCUGCCACUCCCUAGGAGCAUUUACCUAAGAAUUGUUACAUUAUGUAGUGUUUACACAACUGUGUCCUUGUGGGUUAUAAAAUAGGCAACAACAGUGUUUGCAAUGCACUCAACUCAUCAAGGAUUCCUGGGAAUUGAGACUUUCAAUUCGCUAGGAGCAAGUGACAUCAAUGAGGUAUGACGUACAAGGCACUUCAGCCUUUUAGUGAGCUUAACCAAGUGGGCUUAAUGAAGUGUGAGGCUUUUAUGUUAAAGUUAUGUCCCUGGAUCCUAGUGAUUGAUAGGCUAUACUUUUAUCAAUAUUGAGUUAUCCCUCCAAAUGGCUGUUCUAACUCUGUAGGGAGCAGGUAAGAUAAUGGUGGUGUUUGUUUUAUUGUGGGGAUCUUACUGGUUAUUCAAGAAAAUACUAUACUUGUGGGGUCUCAUUCCUGGAAGAAACUUAAUAAAAGAUCUGAAGCAACUGGUGACUGUAUUUUUGCAGGUAACAGUACAGCUGCUAAUGGCAGCCAUAUUGGAUUUGUUUCCAGAUUUAUCUCUGGUACAUAGUAUCGGCAAAGCAUGUAUACUGUUACUGGGCAUUGGUAUGGAUUGUGCACGGUUUCUCUUCCUAUCUGCAAGGGCUGAUGUACACAUUUUUUUGUCUAUCCAAACAAAACUUACAAUAACAUGCUUCUAUUUAACACGGUAAAAUAGACCAACGUAUCUUUAUUUACAAAAAAUAAUCCACAUCCUAUUUCUAAUAAUUUCUUACAAACAUUCUCUAAUCGAGUGUACCUGUAUUUUGUUUGCCAUGCCUAUGCAGUUGUCUGCAAAUCCCAUUCCAACACUGUUUCAUCUUUCCACUAUUCCAUAGAUUCCCAUACAUGGUCCUCAGGACUCCAAAUAGUUCAUGUUUUCCAGGUCUCCUGACAGAAUCACAAGUGAAAUAAUGAGCUUCACCUGUGGGUCUUUUACAGUGUGUCAGUGAGUAAUGAGUACACCUGUGCACCCGCUGGGUGACCUGGGAAACAUGCACUGUUUGUGGUCCUGAGGACCAACUGUGAGAACCACUGGUCUAAUACAUGGUCUAGUGCAGGGGUAGCCAACCCUGGUCCUCGAGAGCUACCAACAGUUCCCGUUUUCCUGGUCUCCUCACAGAAUACAACUGUGGAUCUUUUAGAAUGUGUCGGUUAGUAUUGACUGCAUCUGUGCACCUGCUAGGUGAGCUGGAAAAUGUGAACUGUUGGUAGCUCUCGAGGACCAGGGUUGGCUACCACUGGUCUAGUGCAAAUAGCUUUUACACACUUGUUAGUUCAGAGUGCUGCCAAUGGGCCGAUUAUGUGGUGGUGGGGUGGCCAGGUGUUUGCAAAGGUGCGUAUACAGGUUGAGUAUCCCUUAUCCAAAAUGCUUGGGACCAGAGAUAUUUUGGAUAUCGGAUUUUUCUCUGACGUCCUAGUGGAUGCUGGGAACUCCGUAAGGACCAUGGGGAAUAGCGGGCUCCGAAGGAGGCUGGGCACUCUAGAAAGAUUUAUGACUACCUCCAAGCCUCAGUUAGAUCUUGUGCCCGGCCGAGGUUGGAUGCACACUAGGGGCUCUCCUGAGCCUUUAGAAAGAAAGUAUAGAUUUAGGUUUUUUAUUUUCAGUGAGACCUGCUGGCAACAGGCUCACUGCAGCGAGGGACUAAGGGGAGAAGAAGCGAACUCGCCUGCUUGCAGCCGGAUUGGGCUUCUUAGGCUACUGGACACCAUUAGCUCCAGAGGGAUCGACCGCAGGCCCAGUCCUUGGUGUUCGGUCCCGGAGCCGCGCCGCCGUCCCCCUUACAGAGCCAGAAGCAAGAAGAGGUCCGGAAAAACGGCGGCAGAAGACAUCAGUCUUCACCAAGGUAGCGCACAGCACUGCAGCUGUGGGCCACUGCUCCUCAUACACACUUCACACUCCGGUCACUGAGGGUGCAGGGCGCUUGGGGGGGGCGCCCUGAGCAGCAAUAAAAACACCUUGGCUGGCAAAUGUACCACAAUAUAUAGCCCCAGAGGCUAUAUAUGUGGUAAAUACCCCUGCCAGAAUCCAGAAAAAAGCGGGAGAAUAGGCCGCGGAAAAGGGGUGGAGCUAUCUCCCUCAGACACACUGGCGCCAUUUUCUCUUCACAGUGCAAGUGGAAGAAAGCUCCCCAGGCUCUCCCCUGUAGUUUUCAGGCUCAAAGGGUAAAAAAGAGAGGGGGGGCACUAAAUUUAGGCGCAAUAUUGUAUAUACAAGCAGCUAUGGGGGAAAAUUCACUCAGUUAUAGUGUUAAUCCCCUCAUUAUAUAGAGCUCUGGUGUGUGCUGGCAUACUCUCUCUCUGUCUCCCCAAAGGGCUUUGUGGGUCCUGUCCUCAGUCAGAGCAUUCCCUGUGUGUGUGCGGUGUGUCGGUACAGCUGUGUCGACAUGUUUGAGGAGGAGGCUUAUAUAGUGACGGAGCAGAUGCCGAUAAAUGUGAUGUCGCCCCCUGUGGGGCCGACACCAGAGUGGAUGGUUAGGUAAAAGGUAUUAACCGACAGUGUCAACUCCUUACAUAAAAGGGUGGAUGACGUAACAGCUGUGGGACAGCCGGCUUCUCAGCCCGUGCCUGCCCAGGCGUCUCAAAGGCCAUCAGGGGCUCAAAAACGCCCGCUCAUUCAGAUGGCAGACACAGAUGUCGACACGGAGUCUGACUCCAGUGUCGACAAGGUUGAGACAUAUACACAAUCCACUAGGAACAUCCGUGACUUGAUCCCGGCAAUAAAAAUAAUGUGUUACACAUUUCUGACAUUAACCUCUAAAAAUGGGGUUUUUAUGUUUGGGGAGAAAAAGCAGGCAGUGUUUUGUUCCCCCAUCAGAUGAAUGAAUGAAGUGUGUGAAAAGCGUGGGUUCCCCCUUAUAAGAAACUGGUAAUUUCUAAAAAGUUACUGAUGGCGUACCUUUUCCCGCCAGAGGAUAAGUUACGCUGGGAGAUAUCCCCUAGGGUGGAUAAGGCGCUCACACGGUUGUCAAAAUAGGUGGCACUGCCGUUUUAGGAACGGCCACUUUGAAGGUACCUGUUGAUAAAAAGCAGGAGGCUAUCCUGAAGUCUGUAUUUACACACUCAGGUACUAGACUGAAACCUGCAGAGCGUGCUGCUGCAGCGUGGUCGGUGACCCUGUCAAACAUACUAGUUUGCUAACAUGAGAACAUAUUAAAGACGUCGUCUUAUAUAUGAGGGAUGCACAGAGGGAUAUUUUGCCGGCUGGCAUCCAAAAUGAAUGUAAUGUCCAUUCUGUCAGGAGGGUAUUAGAGACCUGUCACUGGACAGGUGAUGCUGCCCUUAAAAGGCGCAUAGAGAUUCUGCCUUAUAAGGGUGAGGAAUUAUUUGGGGAUGGUCUCUGGGACCUCGUAUCCGCAGCAACAGCUGGGAAGAAAUAUUUUUACCUCAGUUUUCCUCACAGACUAAGAAAGCACUGUAUUAUCAGGUACAGUCCUUGCGGCUUCAGAAAAGCAAGCGGGUCAAAGGCGCUUCCUUUCUGUACAAAGACAAGGGAAGAGGGAAAAAGCUGCACCAGUCAGCCUGUUCCCAGAAUCAUAAUUCUUCUCUCGCUUCCUCUGAGUCCACAGCAUGACACGGGGCCUCCACAGGUGUAGCCAGGUACGGUGGGGGGCCGUCUCAAAAGUUUCAGCGAUCAGUGGGCUCGCUCACAGGUGGAUCCCUGUUUCAUUCAAGUAGUAUUUCAGGGGUACAAGCUGGAAUUCGAGAUGUCUUCCCCCCGCCGUUUCCUCAAAUAUGCUUUGCAGACAACUCCCUCAGGCAGGGAGGCUGUGCUAGAGGCAAUUAAUAAGCUGUAUUCCCAGCAGGUAAUACUUAAGGUGCCCCUACUUCAACAAGGACGGGGUUACUAUUCCACACGGUUGGGGUACAGAAACCGGAUGGUUCGGUGUGACCCUUCUUUAUAUUUAAAAUCCUUGAACACAUGCAUAAAAAAUUCAAGUUCAAGAUGGAAUCGCUCAGGGCGGUUAUUGCAAGCCUGGACGAGGGGGAUUACAUGGUAUCCCGGGACAUCAAGGAUGCUUACCUGCAUGUCCCUAUUUACUAUCCUCGUCAGGAGUACCUCAGAUUUGUGGUACAGGAUUACCAUUACCAAGUCCAGAUUCUGCCGUUUGGACUGUACAUGGCACCGAGGGUGUUACCAAGGUAAUGGCCGGAAUGAUGAUACUCCUUCGAAAAAGGGGAGUUUUAAUUAUCCCGUACUUGGACAAUCUCCUUAUAAGGGCGAGGUCCAAGGAGCAGUUGCUAGUCGGGGUAGCACUAUUUUGGAAAGUGCUACAACAGCACGGUUGGAUUCUAAACAGUCCAGAGUCACAGCUGGUUCCUACGACACGUCUACUGUUCCUGGGGAUGGUUCUGGACACAGACCAGAAAUAAGUGUUUCUCCCGGUGGAGAAAGCCAAGGAGCUGUCAUCUCUAGCCAGAGACCUCCUGAAGCCAAAACAGUUAUCGGUGCAUCAUUGCACGCGAGUCCUGGGAAAAAUGUUAGCUUCCUACGAAGCAAUCCCAUUCGGCAGGUUCCAUGCAAGAACUUUUCAGGGGGACCUGUUGGACAAGUGGUCCGGGUCGCAUCUUCAGAUGCAUUAGGCUGAUAACCCUGUCUCCAAGGACCAGGGUAUCUCUACUGUAGUGGCUGCAGAGUGCCCAUCUUCAAGAGGGCCGCAGGUUCGACAUACAGGACUAGGUCCUAGUGACCAUGGAUGCCAGCCUUUGAGGCUGGGGGGCAGUCACACAGGGAAGAAACUUCCAGGGACUUUGGUCAAGUCAGGUGACUUCCCUACAUAAAUAUUCUGGAACAGAGGGCCAUUUACAAUGCCCUGAGUCAGGCAAGGCCUCUGCUUCAAAACCAGCCGGUCCUGAUCCAAUCAGGCAACAUCACGGCAGUCGCCCAUGUAAACCAACAGGGCGGCACAGGAAGCAGGAUGGCGUUGGCAGAAGCCACAAGGAUUCUCCGAUGGGCGGAAACUCACCGGUAAAUCUAUUUCUCGUAGUCCGUAGUGGAUGCUGGGCGCCCAUCCCAAGUGCGGAUUGUCUGCAAUACUUGUAUAUAGUUAUUGCCUAACUAAAGGGUUAUUGUUGAGCCAUCUGUUGAGAGGCUCAGUUAUAUUCAUACUGUUAACUGGGUAUAGUAUCACGAGUUAUACGGUGUGAUUGGUGUGGCUGGUAUGAGUCUUACCCGGGAUUCAAAAUCCUUCCUUAUUAUGUCAGCUCGUCCGGGCACAGUGUCCUAACUGAGGCUUGGAGGAGGGUCAUAGUGGGAGGAGCCAGUGCACACCAGGUAGUCAUAAAUCUUUCUAGAGUGCCCAGCCUCCUUCGGAGCCCGCUAUUCCCCAUGGUCCUUACGGAGUUCCCAGCAUCCACUACGGACUACGAGAAAUAGAUUUACCGGUGAGUAAAAUCUUAUUUUCCGUAUUUCAGAAUAAUUGCAUACCAUAAUGAGAUAUCAUGGCGAUGGGAGCUAAGUCUAAGCACAGAAUGCAUUUAUGUUUCAUAUAUACCUUAUAUACACAGUCUGAAGGUAAUUUUAGCCAAUAUUUUUUAUAACUUUGUGCAUUAAACAAAGUGCGUGUACAUUCACACAAUUCAUUUGUUUCAUAUACACACCGGCUGAAGGUCAUUUAAAACAAUAUUUUUAAUAACUUUGUGUAUUAAACAAAGUUUGUGUACAUUGAGCCAUCAGAAAACAAAGGUUUCACUAUCUCACUCUCACUAAAAAAAAUUCCGUAUUUCGGAAUAUUCCACAUUUCGGAAUAUUUGGAUAUGGGAUACUCAACCUGUAUCAUAUAACUUUUCACUACACAGCCCAUCCUUAUGGUUUGCUUGCCUUCUCUGACAGUUGACUAUUAAGAUAAUUAGAACUUAUUCAGAAGCACAGAAUUUAUGGCAGACUUAGGGUGUGUACACACGGUGAGAUUCGGACUUAAACGAUUCUCACUAUGCGACAGAGGCUGGGUCGGCACUUAGCCAGUAUCGCAAGCACAUAAUGAGUGUGCUUGCGAUCGUGGUUCUGUGCGAUUUUGGCUAAGUGUCAAUCUUGACUAUCUCUUCUAUAGAGAUAGUCAAGAUUGACUUGCCUGCAGAGUCUAUUUUUUUUGCCGAUGCCGACCGCGCGGGGCCACGCAUCGGCAUCGAAUCGGGAUAGCAAGGUGACUGUCACCGUGCGAUCUGCACUAUCUUUUCUUCCGAUUCUGACUAUAUAGUCAGAAUCGGAAGAAAAGAUCUCACCGUGUGUACACACCCUUACUUUAUAUAGACUUCACCUAUCAACAACCCCAUGAACAGGUGAAAUACAACAUAACACAACUAUACUUCCUCUUCUUUUAACCUUUACCUAACUUCACUCCCUUUUUUGUUUGUUUGAAUAAUUUCUCAUGAGACAAUAAACAAUGUCAUAUCUCUGACUUCCUUGAUUGGGGAUAUUUUUAAAAUUACCUGUAUAACUAUUGUUAUAGUCAUGGGUGUGUGUUGUCACUGUGCAUCUGUCUGACUUCUUAUGACCUUGCACUCUAUAUAGAACGUGUAUCCCUGUAAUAUAAAGACAGCUGGAAGAAAGGUUUA